AUGGAGAAGUUCACCAAGGUGCGGCAAAUUGGUAAGGGUAACAUGGGUGCCUGUGCCCUUGCUCGCAACAACGAGGACGGCAAGUGCUACGUGAUUAAGCAAAUAGAUCUCAGAAGGAUGAGUAAGAAGGAGCGGCAACAGAGUCUCAAUGAGGCGCAUCUGUUGAGUUCUCUACGACAUCCGAACAUCAUCAAUUAUGUAGAUAGUUUUCUUUUGAAGAAGUCGGAUCAUCUUUGUAUCGUCAUGGAAUUUGCCGAUAGUGGAGACCUGAGUGCACGCAUAAAAAAGUCAUAUGGUGUCAAUUUUCGUGAGUCUCAGGUACUUGAUUGGAUUAUUCAGCUGGUGCUGAGCCUCUCGUAUGUCCACCAGCGCAGGAUCCUUCACCGCGACAUCAAGUCUCAAAAUGUCUUUUUGACAAGCCAGAACAUUCUGAAGCUAGGAGACUUUGGCAUCGCACGGACACUUAGUGGUACGUAUGAUCAAGCUAGGACCUUUGUGGGGACCCCGUACUAUCUUUCUCCCGAACUUAUAUUAGAACGCCCCUAUGAUCACCGCAGUGACGUAUGGGCUCUUGGUGUGGUAAUCUACGAACUUUUGGCAUUGAAACAUCCAUUCAACGCAACUAGCAUGAAGGGGCUGAUGCAGCGCAUUCUUAAGGUGCAAUAUGACCCUGUUCCGAAGUUGUACACGACCGAGCUGCGAAAUAUUGUACCACGUCUCUUGAAUAGGGAGCCGGCACACCGCAUUAAAUUAGAGGAGCUGCUUGAGCUUCCAAUUCUUCAACGUCGGUUGCAAGAAUGGAUGCUGACUGAUGUGAUGCCUAAGAGUUACAUUGAAACUCUUCUGCAGCAAAAUUUACUUCCUCCUGCUAUUGCUGCGUUAAGAAAGUUUAAUGCCAAGGGCGCAGAUGUCGCAACGGCGGAAGUCUCUGCCUUGGUCUCUACAGGGGAUGCGCCUCAAGGUGCACCUUCGGCUCCACCCAUGUCUGCGGUGGAAGCACCGUUGUUACCUGGACGUUCUGAGAGGAUCUCAUUUUCGGUGGUGCACCGCAAAUUACAGCCAGUUGAGCAACAAAAUCCACAGCAACAACACCAACACCAACACCAACAACAACAGCAACAACAACAACGGAGACCACUUCCACCACCGCCGCCGCCGCCGCAGCAACUGCAGCCAUAUUCGGGCCCCAUGCAAAAGCCUCCACCAGAUCCCAGUUAUCUUGGAGCUGUGCGGAUGCCGAAACGAACGCAACCUGUCUAUCUAAUGUACAAGAACAUCAAUGGUAGUUAUAACUCCGCUGCGGUUCCCGGCGCUGGACGGCACGGCUCGCGCGUCUCUCUUUUUGUACCACGGCAAAUCACUUCCAACAAUGCGAUUGGCCGGAGUGAGCCCACUCAGGCUCCGCAGUUAGGUGUGGACGGUGCAAAGCACCCUUCACUGUCGCCGGAGCCGCCUCACGGUCACGUAGAUGCCGGCGGUGCGGCUUACAUCCCUGCCAGCAAUCCAUUUAGUAACCGAACCUCUUCCAACGCAAAUGCCGUAGGAGGUCCGUCGUACAAGAACCAAACAGAUACCGAUGCCAAGGAGGGAGGGGGCCAGCAGUUUGUGGAACAACGUGCUCGCAAACGUAACCAACAGGGUUCGAGUGCUGUGGCAUCGUGCCUCAACCCCUUCUUUAGGCAGCCGUCAAUUGGAUCUUCCCCGCUUUCUUGUGUUCCGGGGGCGCCUAACAUGGACAUCAAGGCGAUGCUUCAGCGUGCUGCGCUAGAACGGGCUCAACGACGCGCUUUUUCAUGA